GUCCCCGCAGAGCGCAGAGCGCAGAGCCGCGCUGAAGCCCCGUCUGUCACCGAGAGAGAGAGCGAGGAUCUCCGCGCCUUCACGGGACCGGAACCAGCGGAUAAACGGAGCGAGAGAAGGUGUCCCUGCAGGUGAGGACAAGGACAAGAUCUGCAUCUGCCCCAUCUGUCCAUCAACGGACCAAGUGCCUCGGUGCCGGCCACCCUCAGGUCACCUCAACCACGACGGGCGCCGAACAAUAAAAGUCUUGACCCGGCAUCCCUCAGACAACCUGCACAGAACAAAUAUUUGAGGCCAAUAUAUCUAAUUUCUCCAGGCAGCCGUCACUGAAAAGAUCAACAGUGAAGGGUGUUGUUGGGAGAGAGAAGGAGAGAAGAAGAAAAAGUGGGGGAGGAAAAAGCAACUCUUUCAAAGUGUACCCUGUCUGCUAUUUCUGCUGUGGUGUGGGCAGGGAGCGUCUCAUUUGGGAGGGCUCUUGGCUGACAAAAAAAGGACUUCCUUGUGCCCUGCCUGCCUAUCUAAAUGCCUGAGUAAAUACUGGAUAGAUAUAUCAAUUUGUCUGGUCUCUUACAUUGCCCAACAAAGAGACUGCAAGCUAUUUAUAGAAAAAGUUCCAACAAACUUGGACUCUGUGGUCUCCUGAAUUGCUACCUAUCUAAUACUCCUCAGAGAAGAUUCAAGAGCUGUUUCAACAGGAAAGAGAGCAAGUUUUGUCACUUCAAAACUUUUUGCAAACAAUCAACAACUACUUUCUGGGGCACACCAGGGGCUGUCGGUCAUUUAAGGGCUGCAGUUUUGAUGUCUUCCCCAGCUCAGUAAAUCAACAUGAAGCCCCUAACGCCAGCUGGAUCCCCCUCUCCUCUAAGGCUCCUCAACAAGGGUCCAGACUACCUGCGCAGACAGAUAGACGGUGGAGGCUACGGCCGCUCAAUCAGCGCUGUGGAGAGGCUUGAGGCGGACAAAGCCAAAUAUGUUAAGAGCCAGCAGGUGAUCAACACCAAACAGGAGCCUGUGCUGGUGCCAUGUGCCACCCCGCCACCGCAGCCCCGCCAUGCUAUAUCCAUCCCCGGGAGCCUGACGCCUCGUCUUCCCCCGCGCCGUUCGUCCAACACCCCCUUCUCGACACUCUCUGGCUCGUUCACCUCCAGAGAUGAGAAUGAAGACGAUGAUUCCAGGAAGGAGAACAGACGGACCUCUGUGGACGUUGAGGCGCAUAACAGGAGCAAUGCGAACAGUGUCCUGCCUCCCAACCCCAGGACUCCUGGCAUCAACGCCUUGGUGGCGCCGCACAGUGCCCCUGUACUCAGGAGAAGCACAGGCAAACGCAUGUUGCGGCCGGACUCCCUUGUCAUCUACAGACAGAAGAAAGAGUGCAAGAGUCCAAACGGUGCAGCGGUGGGAGAGAACAACAACACGGAAGUGAGGGGCUACAGUUUUGUCCGCCGCCUCUUCCAGGGCUCCAUGAGGGAGAAGGGAAGCGGAGGUGAAGGCAGGAUCCAGAAGAUGGUGAUCGGUGAAGAAAAAGCGCCAUCACGUGAUGGAGACUCCCGCAUGUCUUGGACCAAUGAGAAAGACACUACAGAUGGAGGGCCAGGAAGCAGGAGGUCCAGUAAAACUGAUCCAGAACGCAGCCCAGGGUCUGUCCCCAGCCCAGGGCUUAGCUGUACGCUUGAACGGACUAAGAACGGAUUUACAAAUGGCACCGGUGAUGGUAUCACCAAUGGCAACCACUCAAGUAAGUAUGAUGACGAGAAUGACCCAUGGAAGCGAGUGUCGCCCCCACCGGCGCCCAGGAGGCAGUUUGGGGAGUUGCGGCGCUCAAAGUCAGACCUGCGUCUGCGCUGCUCGGCGGAUUUAUCGGAGCAGGAGCAUUUCUUUGACUUCUGCGGGCUGGACAUGGACAUGAUAGAUCGUCUGGGUCGCACAAACUUCCUCUCGGGUGCCAGCUCCAUAGACACACUCUCGUUGGCCCUCCGCAGUGUGGGCGGGGACGGCUGCUCGGAGCCCAGCGAGUUCUCCCAGCACUCAGGAGACGGGCUGUUUCAGGAGGAGCUGGCCGAGCAGCCUCCCACUGGUGUGUCGAUCAUUGAGAGGAACGCUCGCGUCAUCAAGUGGCUUUACGGGUGUAAGAAUGCUGCUCGAGAGGGACCCAAAGAGUCUACAGUUUAAUCUAGGAACAAGGAACCAUGUGCAGGGAGUCUGAAAGUGUUCUCUCCAGUGUUUCUUUUUUGGGAUAUCACCUUUACCCUUUGUGCAAGGAUUGAAUCAUCAAGAGCAACCGUAUAAGCUGUGAUUAGCUAGCAGCAUUGCCGCAAUGCAUUGUGGAAGGAAGAAAUCCUUUUUUUCUUCUUCUACUAUUUUCUGAACAGCAAUGCAAGUCAAUUUUGUUCUUUCAAUGUCAGAAGAAUUUUAGACGCACGUACGGUUAGCACUCCAUGGCACACGGUUACUUCCUGUAUCUUGCGCCAAAGAGACUGUUUCUUCAAAUGAGAGGACAACAACUGCUUCUAUAGUUAUCUCCUGUCAAAUUGAUAUAUUGUAUUUAUAGAGCUAUUGUGUCGGUACAUAGACACAAUAGAUCCUUACUGAUGAAUGGAACCAUUUCCCCCAGCAUCAUGUGUGUGUGUGUGUGUGUGUGGAGUAGAUGUUGUUGUCCUCUUUAUUUGUAGCUUCUUUUCAGUUCCUGGCCGAACUGAUCUGAAAUCAGUCCCUGUGACCCUUUCCAAGGCACAUAAGUGUUUGUUCGUCGUGACACAGUUAGUGUCCUUGACACCAACACUUUCCCUUAAUGACUAAAUUGAAAUGGAAAACCACUAAGCUAUGUUUUUUCUAAACUGGAAAACUCUUAGUUGUGAAGUGAACCAUGAGUACCUCAUUCGGAUCUGUCCCAGUUUAGUUUGUGUAUUGCCUUUUUUUUUUUACUCCUAAACGCAGGCGUUGGAACAAACAUGCGAGGCACCCCUGUGGGGUUGUUAAUGCACUGAACUGGACAGACAGAGAGGAAAUAAAAGAUAGACAUAUGGCUCGGACUCUUUAUAGAGAUUCAUCUCAUAUAACUUUAAACACUGAGCUGGAUUCAAAGCAGCGUCUGCUUCGUGAAAGCCAAGGAGCCAUGCCUGGCCAGUCAUUUUCAUCAUUUUCAUCUCAUGUUCUAAACCCCAAGAAGGGUUUGAUUCUCACACAGUAUAAACACUGUCCAAUAAUCACUUGUGACAGUCAUUGAUUACCACAUCGAACACUUCACGCGUGUUCAGUGCUCAUAGCUGUGUCAGCUAUAUAGUUGCAAGUUGAGCAACAGGGAAAAAUAACAUUUACGGGCAAAUACAAGCACAGUGAGAACUUGAAAGUCACCAAAUAAGUUUAAAAAACUAAUACAAUGUCAAGAAAAUUAUAUAUAUAUUCACCUUCAAAAGUGAAAGAACUCAAGUUGUUAAACUCUUUACAGCGAAAUGUGUUUAGGGUGUCACUUUUACCAUCUGUCAGUUUACAGACAUUUAACCUUCCCAGCUGACGCAGUCAGCCGAUUCCCAUCAAAACAAGAAGGGGAGGCUUUUGCCUCCUUUCUCUGAUAACCACAGAUCCUACCUCACUUCAUCCAUCCUUCAGCAAUGUUCACUUUAUCACCAUGAAAGGAUGCCACUGAAAUAUGAACUGGGGGUCUGCCGAGGUAUGUAGAGGUUAGACUGAGAGGCGUUCUGGGGUGAGAAUUACUGAACACAAGGGCAUGAUUUAUUUGUGCAUGUGAUAAAUGGACACAAUUAAUAUACUCGCAGCUUUGAUAUGAUUUAUUUUCUGUAUUCGUCAUCAGCGUGGCACACUCCUGAAACCCCUCCAACCUUGAUCUUUGUUUUGUUUUUAUAUUUCCCUGUGUAAAACCAUUUGGUUGCAUGUUUACAAAGUGGCUCCAUGAAAUUCUGAAUCUCUUUUUUCAUUUGUUAUAUAUGAGAGUUUUUAUUCCAAAGAUUUUUGUGUAUGAUGUACACAGCAAAUAAACACAAAUAAUGAAAUAAGUAUGUG